GCUAAUCAAGAAAAAAUAAGAGUAGAAUUAUAUGAUGGAUUACAAAAUGUACUUACAACUAAUGAUGAGGCACUACAAGAUUCUUCACAUAUUAGAAAAAAAAUUAUUCUUCUGUCUAGCUUCAUAGAACUUCAAACUGCUUUAUUACCUGGACAGAGUGCAUAUGAUCAUCCUGACCUUUGUGCACGUGUUUUUAAUAUGAAGCUGAAUGCUUUGCUUGAUGAUAUAUUAAAGAAAGAGAUCUUCAGUAAAACAACAGCAUAUAUUUACGUUAUUGAAGCACAAAAGUAUGGUCUUUUGCAUACACAUAUGUUAAAAAUGCUUGCAGAUGAAGACAAACCAUAUACUACAGAUGACUUUGACCUUAUUGUAUUGGCAGAGAUAUCUAACUCAGAUAAGUAUUCAAAUGAAUAUGUGACUGUGGUUAAAUAUAUGAUGCAUAGACCCUGUGGUGUAACAAAUAUAAAGGCACUAUAUAUGCAAAACGGUAAAUGUUCAAAAGGAUAUCCUAAACUAUUUCAAUCUGUUUUCUGUGAAAAUGAAGAUAG